AUAUGUUUAUAAAAUACAACGAACUUACUCCAAAGACUUAAACCAGUCUCAAUAGUCCUGUUCGAAAGUAAUGAGAGUUUCCUAUGAUAGUAAUACACAGCCGAUUUUUGUAACAUCUCCAAAAAAAAAACUAGGUAGCAUCAAAGAAAUCACUAAUAAAUAAUAAGAAUUGAAUAAGCUUCUUAAUUAACAUGUUGAUAUCUAAACUUAAUCUGCUAACACAUCAAUCCAUUCCUUUGAUUGUAUGAUGGCUCUAUCUAAAUUUAAAAGAAAACAAAUAUAAACUGAUAUAAGUUCAAAAUUAAUAUCCUUAGAUGAUGAAAUUGUUGAAGUCUAUAAUGAAUUUGAGAAGAAUUAUAAAUAAAUCAAUGAUCUAGAUAAAUUAUAAUAAAUUAGAUAAACUACUAAUUAAUCUAUUGAUAUCAAUAGAAAAAGUAUCAGUAAUUUAAUUUAAACACAUGAUGGUCUAAUCUAAUCAGAUCUAAAGUUUGGAAAUAUGAACAGAAUAAGAAUUAAUAGAUUUAAAUUUUAUUAUUUUCGUAUUAAACUUAGAGGCAAAAUAUCUCCUAUUUAAGUAUUCUUUAAUAUUCCUGAAAGAGUAUAAAGUUCAGCUUUAAAAAUAUUUUUAUCAACUAAAGCAGAAUUUCCAACUAAAUUUAAUGCUGAAUAUAUUCUUCAUUCUCGUUUCGCUAAAAUCUUUUCAGAAAGAAACCAACAUUAUUUUACUGAAGAAUAUCUUUUUAUUACAAUUUAUUCAGAAGUUGAUUUUGAAUUCUCUAUAACAUUUCAAUUUGGAAAUUCAUAAAUUACAAAAUCACCUCCAAAAUAAAUAGUUGAAACUUUAGAAUAAAUUUAAUCAAAUUGUUCUUCUAUUUAAAAGUAUUUACCUAAUGAUAAAAUUUUGUAAAAUCUUUCUUUAACACAAUAUCAUGGAAGUUAAAAAUUAAAUAAAAUAUUAUCAAUUCAAUCAGAAAGAACACAUAAGUAAAAGAUGGCUAAAUCUUUGAGAUAAUCAAUUUUAGAAGAUAAAUAAUUAGAAUAGAAAUCUAAAUUACUUGUUAAAGAUUAAAUUUAAUAUUUUCGAGAAGUUGAGAGAUUGUUAAAAUAUAAAAAAGUGAAAAUCUAAUUUGCUCAAUAAAAUUGGUUUCAAAUUUUCAGUUUAAUGCUUAUUACUGAAUAUAUUUCUAAUUCUCUAUAGGAAUAAAAAAGAAAAUAAAAAAUUGCAGCCAAAGGAAAACUAUUAGUUUGGGCUAUGAAAACUAAAGCCUUGUUAGAUGUUAAAGAAUAUGGAGAUAGUGCAAAAGAAAGAACAAUAUUCAAAACUAGAUGUGUAAUAUAAAGUUUUACUUGUAUGAUCAGACAAAAAUCUAAAAUCAAAGCAGAAUUUGUAAUUUCCAAAUUUAUGGGGCGAAUUCUAUUAUAUCUAACUAUUCUUAAUAGACAUUAAAGCACUCUCAAUAAAGGUAUAAUUCAAUUUUAAGUAUAGUUAUCUUUAUUUAAAGAAAAUUUCGGUUUCUUAAAGCAAAGAAGAGAAAUUUUAGAGAUAAAUUUUGGAAACUCAUCAAAGAAAAUAUAGCAGAUAUUAUAUAUGAUCUUAGAAGAGAAAAAGAAACUUAAUUUUUCUUUGAAAAACAAUAAAUUAAUAUUGAUAUGUAAAUAAUCAUGUCUAUUAUUUUUAGACCUCUAAUGAAUUUGGUUAUUGAUGAUUAUUGUAAAAAAUAAAGGAUUUUAUGGAUGGCAUAUGUUCAACAUACUUUUUUAGAAAGAGAUUAAAAGAGAGUAUUAAUUUAUUUAAAUAUCAUAGAAAAUCCAUGAAUAUGCAAAAAAUUUAAAGGAACCAAAAAUAUAUGAUUUGCCUAAUAAAAAUGAAUUAAUUCCAAUUAUAGAAUAAUAUGCAAUAUUGAAAAAAAUACUAUGA